GCUUCUUAGAACUGUAGCUGACGUCUGUCUGUUUGAAGGAUUUGAGUUUUCUUUUAAACUUAAAUCUGCCGCUCAAAUCAUAACUUUUGUUAAGACACAUCAUUGUUGGCAACAGGUGUUAAUAGGUUCUCUGCUUUGAACGCGGCCCUGGCUUGCGUGUAUUGUAAAAUUUAUUUCCUCUUGCACAAGGCUUUAGGAACUCAUAUCGCACGCACCCAGCAGAAGGGGGUCGUAUCAGCUUGUAGCUCACGUUUCACAGCGAAUUUGUCUCAUCGAAAUUUGCUAACACUAAGAAUCUUUCAGGAAGUAGUGAGAAACUUUUCGUCAUGAAAUUUCCAGUAAGUCGUGCAACUGAUAAAAAGGUAAACAAAUCUAUUCAAGAUCGCCUUCGACGCGAAAGGAUAAGCAAAAGCGUCGAAGCGCUCAGGGAAUUGGUACUUGGACCUUCUACUGAACACACGAAGAUCGGCAAAGCGGACAUCCUUAAACUUACAGUACAAUAUAUCAGAAGGCUGAAAGAACGUAUGGAAAAUGUUGGAGAAGACCAAGAGACAGUAGAGAUCUGCAACCGAGAGUCAAGCGCCCGAAUAUCUUCAUCUGGAAACAACUUCGGCAAACCGUCAGUUUGUUCGACGAAGGAGCAAACUAAACAAACAGAAGAAAGGAACAUCUUAGAGAAAGACGUUAGUUCUGACAAUUCCAAGUUCUAUGACAGCGGGUACGUCUCUAAUCAAAUCUUCUCGAGUAAGUCACAGUCGUGUUCUACUAGAUCAACCUUAUUUGGAAACACGACCAAUGAUUGUGGCAAAGACGCUGUAAAGCGAAAACCUUUCAGACAGCUCAACUACAAUAACAAUCGAGGAACGGACAGACAAACAAUUUGGCGGCCUUGGUGAAUGCAUGCGUUCUUAAAAACUCCAGUUCUGGAAUGAAUCCGCCUCAUGACCUCAAAGUUUAAUAAAAUCCUUAAUAAGUUUAAUAAAUAACAAA